AACCGGCUAGGAUCACGGCUUUAGGAUCACCUUAAUAGUUAUAUAUAAAGGCCACGUAUACUAAAAAAUCAAUUAAGUCUAUAUGGCUUUAAUAUGCAUACCAAUAUUGUCUAUGCGAAAACUUAUAUUAUCUUUUCUUCGCUCAUGAACUAUGUAGAUUCUGUAAAAAAAAAAAUGAAAGAAUUGUUUUCCGUCGGUGUUUUAUCCUGAAAAAAUUAAUAUUUUAAAUAUCAGAACAAAGGAUAAUACUAAUUAUAACAUGAAUAACAUAAUGUAACAAGAAAAUAAUUAUAAAAACUAAAUGCUUAUCUCCAAGGCAAGAAAACAAAUUAUCUGUGUAGAUAGUCUAUCAAUAGAUUAUGAUACAUGACGACACACAUAAUUUACAUAGUUUGCAUAGUACACGUAGAUAUAAGAGUAGACGAUUGAUGUUUUAUGCUUUUUUUGGAUGGUGGAUUCAAUAACAAAACUCGCUUCGAAAAUUAUGCACUUUAAACGAGUACACUUCUAUAGUCUGAGAUUUUUCAAUUCGCGUUGUUUUGCAGAAAAGUUCAGCUAAUAUUGUGCGUGUUGGAUGUUGAACGAAGAAAAAUAUCAAAGCAUCGCUCGACAAAGAUCCUUCGAUUUGCUCAUAUCAUUCAAUGCACCAUAUACUCGUGAAUAUUCAUGUAAAUGUAUAUUUACUCUAAAUUGUAAAAACAAAUGUAUACCGCAAGAAAGCCAAUUAUUCGAAAUUAGUUUAUUUUUUAGAUCUGGUUCAUUUAUUAUUACUUGAGGGAUCGAAUAUAUAUCACUCCGAGUAAUAGAAAUAUUUUUUCAAUAAGACGAUUUUGUGUGUGGAUUUACAUAGAUGUUGACGUUAAGGCGUAAGAGUGUAAUAAUAUUGUAAAUAAGAUGAUGAAGAGAAUGUACAGCGAAGCGAAAUUUAUAAUAUCGAUGAUUACAUUGCGAAACAUCAGGGGGAAGGAAUAUAUAUUUUUGAUAGAAGAGAAAUGUGAGCGUAAUGGAUUAUCGGAAAAUUGGAACCUAGAAAUUUGGUGUUGAAUUUACGUUUCAGAUUGAAUAUCUUUUUUAUGCAAAUUGCGUGUAUCACGAUAUUAGGAUAUCGAAAAGAUGUCGACGACAAAUUAAUCAAUACGAGUAAAUUACACGAGUAUAAAUUAAUAACAUCGCAUAUCAUGCUGCAUUAAACUAAAUUAAACAUUAGUUACGUUAGAUAUAACCUGCCAAAGCAUUUAUUUACCUAACAUUUUUUAAAGUUUAAGUCAAUAGACGAAUUGUAGUUGCAACGCAUUCUUGGCGCAAAAGCGGCUAAAUAGUGAAAUUAUUGUCAAGCUAUCGUGGUUUCAACAUGUGCCUUUUACUCGUGAAUUUGUGUGAAUCAUAUAAAUGUAAAUAUUAUAUGUUAAUAAUACACAUUAAGAAAUAUAUUUGUAUAGAAUGAGAGUGGUUCCUAUUGCGCAUAAAUAAAGUAACCCGCAAGCUCGCGAUAUCGUUGCACAAGAUUACAUAACGAAUCGAAAUAGCAUAUCAUCAAUUCACAACGGAUACAGGCUAUCCAUUUCGGUGCAUCAUAACAUUGAGGUGCGAAAGUGUGAAAUAUGACGUAAUGAGAUAUACAUAAAUAUAUAUCGUUUCAAGCUUUUGAUUAACAGUCGACAUAACGCGCGAUUUACUAUAGUAAAGUCAUAUAUGACGACUAAUUGUUUUCUGCUACGAUUAUCUUUUAUACACAUCGUUUGUUAGCCAUGUAAAUUUGUGUAACUGUGUUAACUGUUUUUCAGUUUGAAAAUAAAAUAUACGAUUGUAUAAUAGCCGAAUAUAUUUCAAGUUUAAUGCGUUCCUAUUAGUCGGUAUUCCCCAGCGACUGCAAAGAAAUAUGUGGAGGAAGGAAUAAUGCAUAAGGAAUAAUACGGAUUAUUAGUUUUUAAUAUAAUCGGCCGCAAACCGUUCUUAUUACCCAGAUAAACUAAACUGAGUUCGAUAUAUAUAUUCAUGUAGAUGUUAAUGUACUCCCAGUGGAGCAACGUCCAAACAAACUGCUUACUUCGAAAUUGGAAUACGUCACAUUAUGAUAAUCGACAACAGAUGCUUCGCAGCUUCUAAUUAAAGGAGCCCAUUGUUAGUCGUAUCUGUGCUACAGGACAGAUGAUUCUUCUUCGGACACGGUACUAAAGUAGAUACGAAUUCAAGUUCUCAAUUGUGAUAUAGACUACACGAAUUUUAGUUCUCGCGUGCUCGGUGCACGAUGAUUUUGCUGCGCAAAACAAAUGUUCGGACGUUGAUAUUCGUCGCGAGUAUUCUGUCAGUGAAUUCUACCGAGAUUUUCUUAACGUACAACGCCUCCCUCAGAGCCGUCUCGAGGUGUCCCUUGCCAAUAACAGUUCUGGAUUUCAUUCGCAAUUCUAGUCAGCCCGAUUUGGAAGCUAAAUGGCCAUGCGAAGUGCGCUCGUACUGGCUGUCGUUGCGGCCGUUCGUUAGAUCCGUCCGUUUCUUGCUCCGCUAUGUAACGCCGUUUAUCAUAACGCUCGGUGUAUUGCUAAAUGCUGUAUCUUUUAGUAUGUUGAGCGCACCUGUGCUAUGUGACUCCAAUUUGUCACUUUAUCUAAGCGCGCUCGCUAUAUCGGACAAUGGAGCGUUAAUAUUCAAUUACGCCGUCAGCGUCGCAAAAUCACACUCCACGUCCGUUAACGAUCUCUUUAUGAACAGCAAGUUCUUAUGCGGCGCGAAUUCCGUGAGUAUGGAAUUUUUCCAAUUUACGUCAACCUGGCUGAUCGUCGCUCUCACAUGGACGCGCGUCAUCGCCGUGGUGUUUCCAUUCGGGGCUCGCGACUGCCAGAAUCGCUCGGCAAUUACAACCAUCACCAGUCUAGUCUGCAUAAGCUUCAUAAUAUCCUUAACGAAGCUCUACUCCGGCGGUAAAGCGUCACGACCCCAUAUAUCGCUUUCCCGGCGCUUAAUUCGAUUCCAAUUGCGUCACUGUAUGAUUAUAUACGUGCCCGAUUGUUUUCCUUUCGUCAAUGAAUCACGAUUUACGCUAAUUGUAGGGUACGAGACUGACAGCGUUUUCGAAUUUGUACCGUGCCAGGAGAAGAUAAAGCCAUGGGGUAGCGCAAUGUACCUUUACAUCGCCCUGUCCACCUGGCUGCCCUUGCUCUUCAUAUCGAUCGGCAACCUGCUGCUGAUCGUUCGCAUAAGAAAGUCUUACAAGAUCCACAACGAAUUAACUCAUAAUUUUAGGUACAGAGGCAACAGAACGCACAACUCGAGCAGGACGUUGCUCGCGGUGUCAAUAGUACAUUUAAUCUUGCUGUUACCGCUGGGAAUUGUCGAAACGCUGGAACUGUAUUGGGACGUGAUUUUAAUUAAACAUCCUGCUAAUGCGGGGAAGAACGAGAGAUAUAUACACUGGCUGCAAGAGAAGAUGUUACUCAAGUGGUGCCGCGGCUUGUGCUUUCACAUAUACCACUGGACUUUCGCAAUAAAUUUUUUUCUGUAUUAUCUUACAGGAAAGAAGUUCAGAAGCGUCGUAACGCAAACGCUGAAAAAUUACACGGACACGUAUCUGCCGUGCCGCAGGAAUGUUUCGAGAUGCAACACAUGGAAUAAUUGUCACAGACAUUUACGAUCUUGCAGCGCGUUGCUGACGAGGGCUGUCACGCGAAACAAACAAUUCAAUAAUACGACGAGAAGCAAUGCCGACGAAAGGGACAGCAACGUUACCUAACUUGUAAAAAGCGCGAUUCAUUAGGAAGGAAACUCUCUUCAAUGUAGGAACGUUGAAUUACAGCUCACACAUACCCGUCUUUUACGGCGGAAAAGGUACAUAUAUACAUUCAGCUCAAAGUGAUAAAUAAUUAUCUCUUUUUUCGAUCGUUUUAUAAACGUGCAUUACGUGUCGUUAUCUCUUUAAUCGAUCCCGGAAGCAAUUUCUCGGGGAGAGUGGAAGUUUUACUCGGGGAAAGUUUAUUUAUUCUUUUUUAAGUUUAUUUUGUAUACACAUGAAAUGUUUACACAUUAAACAUUGCAAAAUAUCACAUUGCGUAUUAGGCGUCGUCUGCAUUAACAGCGUGGUUUUUAAGAAUUACAUAGCAAUUUAAUUACGUGUAAAGACGUUGUUAUUACAUUUUGACUUCAAGCGA